UGGAAGGAUGUGUUUGAAAACAAUCAGAAAUACGGUUACGUCACACAAGUGCGACGAUUUGUUUUGCCACUUAAACCACAAUUGAAUGAUGCUAAACCGGGUGUAAAUUUGGUGGACUUGGACUACACUAAAGCCAGCGCUACUAUCAGUGCUGAUAAGUCUGUGGUUGAGUUAAAAUACGAGGCAAUCACUGGUUCAGGUCCGGCUGUUGGAGAGCUGCCAAGAAUUAACUAUCUAUUGAAUGGCAAAAAGUAUCGCUAUUUCUAUUCAAUACUACAGAGCGAUGGUGACAUGAAAACAAAAAUUAUGAAAUUUGACACAAAGACUAAAGAGUCGAUCGUUUGGUGGGAAGAGAGCGCCAUAUGUUCUGAACCCGUAUUCGUCGAGAAUCCGAGUAUUCAUUAUUCAGAUCCUAAUCAUGAAGACAACGGUGUGGUCCUGUGUUCAGUACUCUCUGAAUUGGACGAAACGGAAGGCUUUUUGUUGGUAUUGGACGCCAAGACAUUCACAGAGUUAGGUCGGGCCCGGUUUCGCACCAAAUCCGCGAUCACCGGUACUUUUCACGGAUACUUUGCGCAAUAA